AAAUAAAUGUUGAGAUUGCUAAACAAUCUGUCACUGUUAAAACCAUGUUAGAAGAUUUGGGUAUGGAUGAGGAUGAAGAUGAACCUGUUCCACUACCUAAUGUUAAUGCUGCUAUAUUAAAGAAGGUAAUUCAAUGGUGUAUCUUCCAUCGAGAUGACCCUCCACCACCUGAAGAUGAUGAAAACAAAGAAAAAAGAACAGAUGAUGUUUGCUCCUGGGAUACAGAAUUUCUUAAAGUUGACCAGGGCACCUUGUUUGAGUUGAUUUUGGCUGCCAACUACUUAGACAUCAAAGGCUUGCUUGGUGUAAUAAACUAUUAG